CAGGUUCUAAGACAACAGAAGAUAUGGAGAACAAAGUCGAUUCCUCUCCCUGGCUGUGGGUCCUGUUACUGAUCACUGUGGUCCAGACCUCCCUGUUUACCGUGGUCACUCUGUACCAGUAUGACAACACAGAGAUCCUCCAGGAAAAGGACCAAGACUUGGACAGCAAAAUCAAGCACCUACAGGCCCUACUGGAUUAUGACAACAAGAAACUCCAUAAACAGAAAAGGGCGGGAAACUUCAUAGCGGACAUUCUCACUGCCCAGGAGGCUGUUAUAGCCCAACAUUGCAUCGAGAAAAAUAAAACCUGCAUCAAAGGGGACCAAGGCGAUUCCGGAUUAUCGGGUAACACAGGAGACAAAGGGGAGAGGGGGAUCCUUGGUGAUCCAGGACUUCCGGGAAAAACUGGCGAUAAAGGCGACCCGGGGCUCCAAGGGGGUAAGGGCGAACAAGGAAUGAAGGGAGAUAUUGGUCCGAAAGGAUUCAAAGGAACUCAAGGUGACAUUGGUCCACGGGGCGCCAAAGGAGAUCAAGGGCUUAGAGGUUCUAAAGGGGAAUCUGGAGUAAAAGGGGAAAAGGGCGAAACCGGAGAACAAGGGAAUCGUGGUCCGAAAGGAACCAAAGGAUCGCCAGGAGAGAAGGGGGCACCUGGAGAGACAGGUGGGCAAGGUCUGAAAGGAAGUAAAGGAGAGCCUGGGCCCCAGGGACCGGCAGGACCUGAUAAUGUUAAAGAUGGCUGUGUCUGUCUCGAAUAUCCCAAGUUUGAAGACCCUACUCCGUCCAGCACGCUUUACCUGAGUGUGGGGGAGUCUAUAAGCCUGCCUUGUAAUGCAACAGGGAGUCCUGCUCCAACUGUAACACUCGAAAAACAGAUAAUAACGCGCCGAGGCGUCAGAUCACGUGACAAACGCAACCUUUUGAAGCUGAAUGGAAAGUAUACCAUCAUGAAUGCAGCGACGUCAGACUUUGGAACUUACGUCUGUACUGCCAAAAACGCACUUGGGACUAUAACGAAAGUGAUUGAUGUCGUAAGAGGAGUUUUGCCAAACAUAGCAAAACAACCUAGGAGUUCAACGAACAACGCAGGCACAUCCGCUGAGUUCAGAUGUGUGAACUCUGGUAUUCCAACGCCAACAGUCACGUGGUACAAAGAUGGCAAACUAUUGGUUCCCGACUCUCGUCAUCAGAUCUCGAGUAAUGGCGAGGUUUUAACGAUUCAGAACAUAAGGGUGUCUGAUGCUGGUAGAAUUGAGUGUCGCGUGGCCAACCAAGUGGGGACUGCAACAUCCCGAGAAGCUGUAUUAACUGUUGUUUAAAAUUAACUUGGAUUGGGUGAAAUUAAAAUUACUAUUGAUAUUAACAUAUAUAAGUUUUAUAAACAAUGCACAUAGGAUGAAGAACGAUUAAGAAAAAACAUAAACAAUGAAAAAAUAUUCAUUUU